AUGAGCAUGCAAGCUAAUGUAGCUAAGAAGAGGUCCGCUGUUCGCCCCUGUCCUCAGGAGUGCGGCUUCUCCUUGCACGAGAAGGACCAGCACGAAGCGUGCCCCGUCUGUCUGGGGAUUCUCCAUGCUAGGAGAGCUCUAGCUGAGCCAGAGUCAUGUGCGCUUUGUCGCCAGCUCCGGCGUUCAACGCUGGAAAGACGGGUCACGUUCGUAGAAAGGACCCUGGGGAGAAAUACAGUCGCUCAGCAGGACCCCCUCCUUUCCGAAUCAGCAGUCCCAGCUUCGCCUGUGUCUGCUGACGAGGAAUUUCCGUCAGAAGUCCCCGCACCUAGCUGGGCGGACCAGAUGGAGUAUCUCGAGGGUUCGGAGGACCGUGGGCUCUCCUACAGCGCUGGCCAGCAGCAUGCUUUCGAGGACGAUGACGUGCUCGACAUCGGCCUAGAGAUACAUGGCUUGUCGGAGGACGAGCAUGAAAUUGUGCCGCCUGCUCAGAGCUCCGCUGCUACUGCGUUAACCGCUCGGGACGACACUUCAUUUUUUGCUCUCUACCGCCGAGCGGCCAAGAAGCUGGAGGUGGAGUGGCCCUCCCCGCAGCCGGCUCAAAAACCGUCAAGGUUCGCGGGAUUUUUUCUUCCUCCUGAACCGACAACAGUUAAGAACUGCUUGCCCAUGUUUCCCGACUUUGUCGGCGAGUUAACGUCGUCAUGGAGCAAGCCGCUGUCGACCCGUGUAUCAGUGCCCGGUUACGGACAAUAUUUGGAAUUAGACGGAGCUGAGAAGGCAGGACUAGUUAGCCCACCGCCAAUGGAGCCAUCUUUGGCUGCUUAUUUGGCACCCUCGCACAAUCAUGGAGUGUCUGGACCUACUCUCCUUCCGUCUAAACAUUGUAGAUUCUCCUCUGCCCAGCUGGAGAAGAUUUACCGCGCUCAAGCGGGCACUGCUCGUGCGCUCAACUCCGCUACGCUGCUUCAAACAUAUCAGGCAAUGUGUUUGGCAGAGCUCGGCUCACUGGUGCCUCAGGAGAGCCCGUUCUGUGCGCUGCUUAACGAGGUCAGGACAGCGACAGACUACAUUUUGCGCAUGUCUCGUUGUGCGGCUCUUUCCCUCGGGAGAGGGAUGGCGAGCGCAGUGGUAGCACAGAGGCAUUUAUGGCUCACGCUCUCUGACAUUCCUGAUAGAGACAGGGCUGUCUACUUGGACGAACCGCUGUCUGCUGAGGGAAACCGGUAUUGGUAUUUUGUCGUUCCGAAGAGGGGGGGAGGACUGCGUCCUAUUUUGGAUCUGAGAAUAUUGAACACGUUUCUAAGAACGUACAAGUUCAAAAUGCUUACUCUGAGGCAACUGCUAAAUGCAAUAGGCCCGGGAGAUUGGUUCACUACGAUCGAUCUCACAGAUGCUUAUUUUCAUAUAGCGAUCUUUCCGCGCCACAGAAAGUUUCUGAGGUUUGCAUUCGAGGGCGUGGCCUACGAGUACCUAGUGCUGCCGUUCGGCCUGUCACUAGCUCCCCGAACGUUCACGAAGUGCGCCGAGGCGGCGCUGUCUCCUCUUCGGGAGAAAGGCAUUCGCAUAUUAGCCUAUUUAGACGACUGGGCACUGAUAGCGAGCUCAAGCGAGCAGGCAGAGAAACAGACAGCACUAGUUCUGUCUCACAUUCAGACUUUAGGGUUCUCAGUAAAUAUGCAGAAAAGCUCACUGAUUCCGAGUCAACAGUGUUCAUUCCUGGGUCUGGAGAUAUGCUCCGUUACCAGCCGAGCACGUCUCUCAGAGCACAGAAUAGCCGCGUUUCAGCGCUGCCUUGCUCUGUUUCAGUUGCAACACAAACUUCGUUUCCGGGUGUUUUUACAACUAAUGGGAAUGAUGGCGUCUAUGAUCACUGUGGUGCCUCUCGGGCUGUUGAACAUGCGUGCGUUUCAGCGCUGGGUGCGCUCUCACCGCCUAUGUGCGGCGCGCCACCUCAACAGGAGGCUGACGGUGACACCGUCAUGCAUGUCAGCCCUUCUGCCCUGGAGGGAACCCAGGCUAUUACGUCAGGGCUCUCCGAUAGGCAGGGUAUCGUUUCGCAAAGUGGUGUCAACAGAUGCCUCCCUCAGCGGCUGGGGCGCUCUGUGCGACGGCUCCGCGAUCAGGGGGGCGUGGUCACAGGAACAACGCAGGCUUCACAUCAACUAUUUGGAGCUGUUAGCAGUGUUCUUAGCCCUGAGACAUUUUCGUCUGGCUUUAACAGGCCAUCAUGUUCUGAUCAGGACAGACAAUACAACAGUGGUGUCGUAUAUAAACAGACAAGGGGGGACUCGUUCACUUCCCCUGCUGAAACUAUCUCAUUCUCUAUUGCUAUGGUCCACUGUUCAUCUUCUGUCACUCAGGGCCACUCACAUUCCAGGGCACCUGAAUUUGGGGGCGGACCUUCUAUCCAGAGGGGGCCCGCUUGUGAGGGAAUGGAGAUUACACCCAUGGGUGGUAGCUCAGAUCUGGGAGCGCUUCGGCAGGGCAGCAGUGGAUCUUUUUGCAUCCAAAGAAAAUGCUCACUGCCCACUAUUCUUCUCCAUAACGGAUCGCAAUGCUCCACUGGGGAUCGAUGCGCUGGCACACUCAUGGCCCCCAGCUCUAUUGUAUGCUUUCCCUCCGGUAGAACUGAUUCUGCCUGUCACAGAGAGGGUACGUCAGCAGGGCCUGUCACUAAUCCUGGUGGCACCUCAUUGGCCGGCGAAGUUGUGGUACGCAGAGAUAGUCAGCCUGCUAGCAGCAGAACCAUGGAAACUUCCUCUCCUCAGGGACCUUCUGUCUCAGGCAGGGGGAGAGGUAGUGCACCCGCGUCCCGAGCUGUGGAACUUGCACGCUUACCUGUUGAAAGGUCCAAUUUGUUAGCAAAAGGGCUUCCCCCGAAUGUGAUUGAGACAAUCCAAAGUGCUCGGGCCUCGUCUACUAGAGGUUUAUAUGCUUACAAGUGGCGAGCAUUUGAGCAAUGGUGUCAAGAACAUAAUGUUCUUCCAUUUCAGUGCUCCAUGGUGGAGAUUUUGUCUUUUCUACAAGAACUAUUAGAGAAAGGCCUUUCCUUCUCUACUAUUAAAGUGUACUUGGCGGCUAUAUCAGCCUGUCAUGUUGGUUUUGACGGAGUGUCACCAGGGGCUCAUCCGCUGGCAGUACGGUUUUUAAAGGGAGUGCGACGUCUGCGACCCACUACGAGGUCCAGUGUUCCGUCUUGGGAUUUAUUGUUAGUGCUUGAGGCCCUCUGUGGUCCUCCUUUUGAGCCAGUUGAGUCUAUAGAUAUGAAAAUUCUUUCAUAUAAGACGGCACUUCUUCUUGCUUUAGCAUCUGCUAAACGAGUGGGCGAUCUCCACGCUUUGUCCGUGCAUCCAUCCUGUACGCAGUUUGCUGCUAAUGGGUUAAAGGUUACUCUACGGCCGAACGCGGCCUAUGUACCGAAGGUCGUCUCCACUGAUUAUAGCUCUAUGGUCUUUGACCUUUAUAGCUUUUUUCCUC